CUGCGCCUACUCUAGAGCUCAUUCCCAUUGAGCAACUCAAUGUCUACGGAAAUCACGGCACGCACGGUUCCACCGUAUAAUCACUUUACGCAAAUUGGCGAUCCUGUGCUGCGUGUCCGUGCCGAGGAAGUUCCACCGGAACGUUUGGACAGCCAAGAAAUAAAUGAUAUUGUGGACCAAAUGGUAAAGGUGCUACGGCACUACGACUGCGUGGGCGUAGCAGCGCCUCAAUUGGGAGUGCCACUGCGUAUUAUUGUAAUGGAGUUUCGCGAGGGCAAGCGUGAACAGUUCACGGGUGAAGUCUUCGAGCAGCGAAAGAUGUCGCCACUGCCGCUAAGCGUCUUUAUCAAUCCAAAGAUUGAGAUAAUCAGUGAUAAGUUGCACACGCAUCCCGAGGGCUGCAUGAGCUUGCGCGGUUUCUCUGGCCAAGUGGCUCGAUAUGAUCGUGUCCGAGUCACCGGCAUUGGAAUGCUUGGAACACCUUCAGAUCUCGAACUUGUGGGUUGGAGCGCGCGCAUAGCGCAGCAUGAAAUGGAUCAUUUGAACGGCAUUGUUUACGUUGACCGUAUGGACGUUUCUAGCUUUACUUGCAUUAAUUGGCCACAUAUUAAUGCAAGUGGAGGACGCGCCGUGAUUGCGUUUGAUAAAUAAGUAUUUAAAAGUUUAUCAAAAUAAUUGAAAUUACAAACACAAAAGCUAUCAACAGCUGGUUCACAUUAAUGCUGUGAACUAAUUCAAAAAUGAACUAAAAAUCGAUAGUUUUCUUCGUCAGCCCUGGCUAAAGUAAACGGUCAUAUUUUACGUGGAUUUUUUUUUAAAUUUUAAAAAAGAAUUAUAAGUGAUUGGGUUUUUGGCGCCGAAUAUUAA